AUGGUCAACGAGAAAGGCGAGACAGAAAAACAUAAGCGAGAUGAGUCUCCUCGUUGCCUUAAUUGUAACGCAGAAUCAAUCAGAUUUUGCCCGUUCUGCGAAACUAAUAUUGUAUCAUCUGAAGAUGAAUUGUCACCUGAUUAUGAUAAUACAGAUGAGGAAAAUGAUGUAAAUUAUAGGGAUAAACAAGAUGAUACCCCUCCAAAAGUCAAUAAGUUUGCCUUUCGCAUGGCUUAUAAGGCUAUCCCAGACAAUUCAAAGUUGUGA